AUGAAGCCCUCUACCAUCGCAACGGCGCUUUUGGGCCUUGUUUGCAGCGCCUUUGCAAGCUCGCAGCAAUCGACUGUGAAGCUGCCUGCUGAUUUCAAGCCGCCCCAAGUCUUCAAGAACGCCAACUUGGUACAUAUUAUCUCCCUCGAGAAGAACUAUGUGAAGGAGCAAGUCAAUGUUUUGAUCGAGAACACUGCUGCGGAACCUCAGGAGGAUUAUUUCCUUCCCUUCACCGCAGACCAGCUGAAGCGAGUCGGAGGCUUCGAAGUCAAGGACAGAAAGGAUGGCGGCGCUGGACCCUUCGAGGUGGACGUUGUGAACUAUGAUUCAGCAAGCUCGACUCAGUACUAUCGAAUUCGACUGCCCGCCCCCCUCAAGUCUGGCGGCCAACAAACCCUUGGAAUCACUUUCUACUAUCUCAGCGCCUACAGGCCUCUUCCAGCAUCGAUACCACAAGAAGCUACUCAAUAUCUUAGCUACGAGUUCUCGCCCUAUGCCCAGUCUGCCUACCCAACCCUGAAGCAAAAGACAGAAGUCAAGGCCGCCUCUGCAACGAUUCCCGAUUACACCAAGGUAGAAGGCAAUGGAGAUGUUGCCGAAUUCCCCCAGAAGCAGGGAUCCAAGCUGACCUACGGGCCAUUUGGCGAGAAGCCCGCUGGGGCAUCUCUGCCAGCUUCAGUCCGCUUCGAGUUCAACAAGCCAGUUACUCACAUCUCCGAGCUUGAGCGCGAUAUUGAAGUCAGUCACUGGGGCGGCAACGUCGCAUUCGAGGAGCGAUACGUCCUGCACCACCAAGGCGCAAACCUUUCCAGCCAAUUCAACCGAGUCAAGUGGGCUCAAUCCCAAUACUUCAACCCAGCGAGCCACGCCCUUAAGGAGAUGCGUUUCCCCCUGCAGGUUGGAAGCGUCGACACGUACUUCACAGACACGAUCGGAAAUGUGUCCACCUCGAGAUUCAGGAGCAACAAGCGCGAAGCUCUUCUCGAGCUGAAGCCGAGAUACCCCAUCUUUGGAGGCUGGAAGUACCCUUUUACCAUUGGUUGGAACUCCAACGCGGCCAACUUUGUGAGGAAAACUGCCACUGGUGGGUUUGUCUUCAAGGCACCAUUCCUUGAGGGUCCUAAGCAGGCCGAGGGUGUCGAAUACGAGAACAUCAAUGUCAGGGUUCUCUUGCCAGAGGGCGCCGAAAACGUUAAGCUUCUCGCCGAUGUCCCUGAGUCCUCCAUCGUUGAGAGUACGGUAGAUGUGCACAAAACUUAUCUUGAUACCAUCGGCCGCACCGCAGUCACUAUCAAGGCCCGCAAUCUUGUGGAUGAGUUCAAGGACCGUGAUCUCCUUAUCUACUAUGAGGUUCCCUCCACAAUGACUCUACGAAAGCCUCUGGUUAUUUUCGCUAGCUUCCUCACGGUAUAUGCUGCCGCUUGGGCUAUCGGCAAGGUCGAGGUUGGAUUUGGUCAGAAAUAA